AAUGGAAUAAUCCACCACUGCAACUUCCUCCUCGCCGCUACGCCGAUCUGAAAAAUCCUACUAUUCCUUGCCAAAAAGCAAAAAUCAUAACCCAAACAGUAGUCUACCAGUAAAAUUCGUAGCUACCACAAAUUCAAAAAAGCACUCACCUCAAAACCAAUGUAAAACCCUUCCCCUCUCUCUCUCUCUCUAUCACUCUCUCUCUCUCUCUCUCUCUCUCUCUAUCCUCUCCGCUAUCAACGCCAACACCCAUCCCACCGUUUAAGAUGCGACAAUGACCAACACGACGUCGGCUCACCCGCCGCACCCGAACCCGCUUCCGAUCACGAAGCUCAUUGUGGAGGUGGUUGACGCACGUGACCUGCUUCCCAAGGAUGGGCAGGGCAGCUCCAGCGCUUACGUGGUGGCGGACUUCGACGGCCAGAAGAAGCGGACUUCCACCAAGUACCGCGACCUGAACCCCCUCUGGAACGAGUCCCUCGAGUUCGUCGUCUCCGACCCGGACCAUAUCGACUCCGAGGAGCUCGAGAUCGAGGUCUUCAACGACAAGAAGUUCGGCUCCAAUAGUGGCAGCGGCCGUAAAAACCACUUUCUCGGCAGAGUAAAGCUGUACGGGACCCAGUUCGUCAAGCGUGGCCACGAAGGAUUGGUGUACUUCCCUUUGGAGAAGAAGAGCGUGUUCAGCUGGAUUAGGGGAGAGAUUGGCCUGAGGAUUUACUACUACGACGAGUUGGUCGAGAUUAGUGCACCGCCGCCGCAGGAUCCUCCACCGCCGCAGGAUCCUCCACCGCCGCAGGAGAAAAUGAAGCAGGCGCCGGUUGUGAAGGUUGAGGAAUGCAGGGUUUUUGAAAUUCCGGCGCCAGUGGGCGUUGGCCACGAGGCCUCGCACUCACCACCGGUCGUAGGCAUCGAGCAGUCGCCGCAGCCGCAUGUGGUUCAUUUUCGUUCGGAGUUUCUGACGCAGUCGGAUGGACCUGGUCAGGUGACCGAAGCACUUCCGGAAGUGAGAAAGAUGCAGACAGGAAGAUUCGGAGGCGGUGAAGGUGUCAGGUUUGUGAAGAGGCCUAACGGAGAUUACGCUCCUAGAGUGAUCACCAGAAGGUUCACCGAGGGCCGGCCAACGGAGAGGGUCGCUCAUCCUUACGAUUUAGUAGAGCCAAUGCAUUAUUUAUUCGUACGGAUCGUGAAGGCGCGUGGCCUCGCGCCGAACCACAGCCCGUACCUGAAAAUUCGAACGUCUAGUACCAGCGUCAAAUCCAAUCCGUGGACUCACCGGCCCGGAGAACCGACCGACUCGCCCGAGUGGCGCCACGUCUUCGCGCUGUGGCAAAGCCGGCCAGAUGCAGCGGGCGAGACCUUGGAGAUAUCCGUUCGGGACUCGCCGUCGGAGCAGUACCUCGGCGGUGUCAACCUCGAUCUCAGAGAAGUGCCCAGACGCGACCCGCCGGAUAGUCCAUUAGCUCCUCAGUGGUACAACCUCGAAGGAAGCGCCGCCUGUCAGCAUCCGGGCAGGGUCUCCGGCGAAAUCCAACUCUGCGUCUGGAUCGGUACGCAAGCGGACGAAGCAUUUCCAGAGGCAUGGAUCUCCGACGCGCCGUACGUGGCGUACACGCGCUCGAAGGUGUACCAGUCGCCGAAGCUUUGGUACCUCAGAGUCACGGUAAUGGAAGCGCAGGACAUUCACAUUCCUCGAAAUCUACCUCCUUUGACUGCGCCAGAGAUUCGAGUGAAAGCGCAGCUACGGUUCCAGUCCGUACGAACCAAGCGAGGGUCCAUGAACAACAACAAUGUGUCGUUCCACUGGAACGAGGACCUCAUCUUCGUGGCCAGCGAGCCUCUCGAUGACUCCCUGGUCGUAUUGGUCGAGGACCACACGACCAAGGGGGCCGUACUCCUCGGACACGUCAUCCUUCCCGUAAGCUCGAUCGAGCAACGGCUGGAUGAGCGCUACGUGGCUGCCAAAUGGUUUGCACUGGAGUGUAGCGGAGGCGAUGGAUGUGCGCCCUCCUCCUACUGUGGAAGAAUCCAUCUGCGCCUUUGUUUGGAGGGCGGGUAUCACGUGCUCGACGAAGCGGCGCACGUGUGCAGCGACUUUCGGCCCACGGCUAAGCAGCUUUGGAAGCCGGCUAUUGGGAUUCUGGAGCUUGGCAUCCUAGGCGCUCGCGGCUUGCUUCCCAUGAAAACCAAUGCCGCCGGCAAAAGUUCCACGGACGCUUACUGUGUCGCCAAGUAUGGCAAGAAGUGGGUCCGCACUCGUACCUUUCCGGACAGCUUUGAUCCACGUUGGAACGAGCAGUACACGUGGCAGGUCUACGAUCCCUGCACGGUUCUGACCAUAGGGGUCUUCGACAACUUGCGCAUGUUUGCUGAUGUGGCGGAAGACAGGGGAGACAACUGCAUCGGCAAGGUACGUAUACGGGUAUCUACGCUGGAGAGCAACAAGGUGUACACGAAUUCGUAUCCCUUGCUGGUUCUGCAAAGAUCCGGGUUGAAGAAAUUGGGCGAGAUCGAGCUGGCCGUUCGUUUCGCCUGCCCGUCGUUGUUGCCCGACACGUGCGCAGUGUACGGACAGCCAUUGCUCCCCAGAAUGCACUAUUUGCGCCCGCUCGGGGUGGCCCAGCAGGAGGCUUUGCGUGGGGCUGCGACGACGAUGGUGGCGGAGUGGCUUCAGAAGGCCGAGCCACCGCUGGGGCAGGAGGUGGUCCGGUACAUGUUGGACGCGGACUCGCACACAUGGAGCAUGAGGAAGAGCAAGGCGAAUUGGUUUCGGAUCGUGGCGGUUCUCGCAUGGGCGGUGGGGUUGGCAAAAUGGUUGGACGAUAUCAGGAGGUGGAGGAACCCGGUCACAACAGUUCUGGUCCACGUGUUGUACUUGGUACUUGUUUGGUACCCGGAUUUGAUCGUCCCCACCGGGUUUCUCUACGUGUUCUUGAUUGGAGUGUGGUAUUACCGGUUCAGACCGAAGAUACCGGCGGGGAUGGAUACCCGUUUAUCGCAAGCGGAAGCGGUUGACCCGGAUGAGCUGGAGGAGGAAUUUGACACGAUACCAAGCUCAAAACCGUCGGAUAUAGUUCGGGCCCGGUACGAUCGGUUGAGGACGUUGGCUGCACGGGUCCAAACAGUUUUGGGUGAUUUUGCAACCCAAGGUGAAAGGGUUCAAUCGUUGGUGAGCUGGAGGGACCCAAGGGCCACGAAAUUGUUCAUAGGGGUGUGCCUAGGAAUCACAGUAGUACUCUAUGUGGUGCCACCCAAAAUGGUAGCCGUGGCCUUGGGGUUUUACUACCUCCGCCACCCCAUGUUCCGGGACCCCAUGCCACCCGCCAGUCUAAAUUUCUUCAGGAGGCUUCCAAGCUUGUCAGAUCGAUUGAUGUAGAGAUUAGGAGAGAAUUUUAUUUUAUUUUAUUAUUUUAGCAAUUUUUUAGGGUGCAGAAUGUGGGUUUUGGUGAUAGGUUAAGGCAAUCAAACAACUGUCCGUGUUGAAAGGAAAGUGGGAAGUUGUGAGGAUGUGUUUUUUUCUUGUUCUUUUUAAUAUUUGAAUUGAUUGACUAACUAUUGAGAGCUUGAAAUAAGAGAAAGGCGUGGGGGGGGGCAAAAAGACAGUUUAGGAGGAAGAAAAUUGAGUGCUAGGAGUUGAUGGCAAGUGACAGUUUGCUGUAAUGGUGUCGCGGAAAGUAUAACCCAUCGAAUUGCUUUUUGAUACGUGCAAUCCAACGGCGAUCUUUUCUUCAA